UUUCAGGGGUUCUUCAUUUUUGUUUCACACGUUUUGUUGGACAAAAAGGUGAGGCAAGGCAUAGUAAAUAGAUACUCGAGUUUGAGUACAAUAUUGAGUUUCGCUGAGCGAGGAACAAAAGAAACUACUCUUAGUUCACAAAGCCCGUCGACAUCUAAAUCAAAUGAACCAUUGAUGAAACCCAAGAAAAAGAGUUUGCUUAAAAGAUUUCGGCAAACCAAAGUGAAGACGUCUGAGUUAUCAAUGUCAGAGAAAACAAUGUCAACAAGUUGUCCACAAAGUGUUUCUCAUGAAAAAGAAAAUGAAGCAAAUUCUGAUUAAACUUCUAAUUUGUGGAAGAAAAAGAGAAAUGUUGCAGACCGGAGGAAAAGAACAAUUUUAACAUAGUUAACUAUAAAAUGUUCAAUGUACAAAUUUUGCUUUUACUUUUUACUCGGAUAUUUCUCAUAGAUUUAUGUUGCAUCCAAUAAGGUGGUUUAAAUGUAUUUUUACGAUAGAUUCCUCACAGUGUAUUACUUAUCUUAGUUUUAAUCGUUCGGUAUGAGAUCUUUUAUAUACUUGUAGUCAUAUAGAAAGCAUAUUAACAAUUAAGUUCCAUUUUCACAAUAUAUCUUAAGUUCGUUGUAAGAUGAGAGGAAAUUUUAAGAACAAGUUAUAUUAUUGUGUCUGCUUUAUCAAUGCUAACUUCUAUUUGCAUUAUAUCUGCAAUUUAAUUUUUUUUAAAUACUACAUAAGCAACUUGUAUUCGUUCAUCAAAAUUAUAUUAAUUUAAUUACAUGAUUGCAGAACUUAAGCGUCAUGAAGUUAAAAACAGUUAUUACCUUCAUUGUUGAACAUAAACAAUACUUUUGAAUUUUAAGAAAUAUAUAUACCUGACUGUAUACAUGUACCAUAGACAGGUGUUUCUUGACUGUUAAUCCUAUUCUCAUUUGAUAAACUAUUUUAUGCAACCUCUUUUAUACUGUUGGUUUUUUUCUAUUCUUUUGUAUUCUUUUUAUCAUAAUAUAUAUAUAUAAUAUCUUGUAUUUUUUUUUAUUUGUAACUCACCAAUGCAAAAAGUAGCUUUAAAAAAAACAUAUAUACAUAUUGCUUUGAUAAAUAUGUUUGUUUCGUUUAGUGAUUUCUUUUUUCACUACAGGUAUUUUCAAACAGGAUGGAAAUACCAUAGGAAGCAUUUUAUUUUUCUAAUAAUUUAUAGGUGAAAUACGAAACACAACUGUGAAUUAAUUCCAGACAUUAAACGUAGCUGAAAUCUAGAAUAUCAUAUAGUCUAUACAAUAUAAGUAUAGUAAAUAUAAGUAAGUAAAAGCAAAAUGUUCAAGUUUAUGUUGCCCG